AUGGCUGGCCGGCUCUCUCCAGCUGCUUUCCGGCUGGCUGUGCGGGCGGUGUGUGGGGCCUCGUCGCCGUCGGCCGUGGGGAUGGCAAAGGCCGGCGGAAAGCCCAUGCAGAUGCGGGCUCUCUCGGCUUCGGCGCGGCGGGCCAGCGCGACACUUCAGGUGCACCGCAACACGGCCGACAACAACCCCGACAUCCCGUUCCAGUUCUCGGCCGACAACAAGAAUGUGAUCCAGGAGAUCCUCAAGCGGUAUCCGCCGCAGUACAAGAAGGCGGCAGUGAUGCCGCUGCUGGACUUGGGCCAGCGGCAGCACGGAUUCACGAGCAUCAGCGUGAUGAACGAGGUGGCGCGGCUGCUGGAGAUGCCGCCGAUGCGCGUGUACGAGGUGGCAUCGUUCUACACAAUGUACAACCGCACGCCGGUUGGCAAGUACUUUGUGCAGGCAUGCACGACGACGCCAUGCCAGCUCGGCGGCUGUGGAAGCGAUGUGAUCGUCAAGGCCAUCAAGGAGCACCUGGGCAUCAAGCAGGGCGAGACGACGGCCGACGGUCUGUUCACGUUCAUCGAGGUCGAGUGCCUGGGUGCGUGCGUCAACGCGCCGAUGAUCCAGAUCAACGACCACUACUACGAGGACCUCACGCCCGAGACGGUCAAGUCGCUGCUCAGUGGCCUCAAGGCGGCCGCGCUCGACCCGUCUGGCAAGACGCCCGAGCCCAAGGUCGGCCCGACAACCGGCCGGCACUCGUGCGAGAACAGCGCCGGUCUGACAUCGCUGACGGACAAGCCGUGGGGUGUUGAGACUACGCGGAGCGAUCUCUGA